AUGGGUGUUCUUUCGUUAUUCUGCUGUUCCGAUACAAGUGAAGACUCCUCAGACAGAAGAUCUCAGCAACCAGUUAAUGGACAAAAUCGUCAAUUGAACAAAGGUAAACCCACUACAACCACCACCAAGCAACCAAAAGCAUCAACGACUAAGGGCACCAGUAUGCAGCGCCCCACAUCUAAUUCGAGAACUGAUUUACCGGCCGACAAAAAGGAACCUACACCAAAUGGCAAAGCGAUAAACUCAUCUACAACCAAAUUGAAUGGUGACAAGAAGGAUACCACCGAUGAUGAUGAGUCAACUAUAGAGCCUUCAAAUAAUCGUCGAGUAAGUGCUGGUGAUAUAAUAGCACAGGCUAGUCCAAAUGAACAACCAAUUCCUGCCCCAACUGAACGGCCAGAACCAGAACCAAUGGAAGAUAUGGAUACAGAUAUUGAUGAUUUUGACGACACACAGUCGAAUGGAAUACUUGAUUUGAAACGGCUCCAAACUGGCCAAGCACAUGACCCCGAAACUGGCUGUCUUUUGGGUCUCCCCAUAGGGGAUAAAAAGUGUCUUGUUCUUGAUUUGGAUGAAACGCUUGUACAUUCUUCCUUCAAGUACUUGAGGAGUGCUGAUUUUGUAAUUCCAGUUGAAAUUGAUAGUCAAAUACAUCAUGUGUAUGUAAUCAAGAGACCGGGAGUGGAUGAAUUUCUAGAGAAGGUGGGCAAACUAUACGAAGUUGUCGUAUUCACGGCUUCUGUAUCCAAGUAUGGGGACCCAUUACUAAAUAAAUUGGAUACCAGCAAGUCAGUUUUCCAUAGACUAUACCGAGAUUCAUGCUACAACUACCAAGGAAAUUUCAUCAAAAACUUGUCUCAACUAGGAAGGAAAUUGGAAGAUACAAUUAUCAUAGAUAAUCUGCCGCAAUCGUAUCUUUUCCAUCCUGCUAAUGCUGUUCCUAUCAGUAGUUGGUUCAGUGACUCCCAUGAUAAUGAAUUGUUGGAUUUGUUGCCAUUUUUAGAGGAUUUGAGCAAACCCAAUGUCGAUGAUGUAGAGUUGGUUUUAGAUACCAGUUUAUAA